CGCCAUGCGUAGCUGACACAUGGAAUUCGCUUCCAUGAGAUGGAAUCGGCUUGACUAACUUUUAUUCCGGUGACUUUUGAGACUUGAGUUGGGCUCAAAGCCCAAAGCCCUGGAAAUUCUCAAUCUACAUGAAAGCAAGGAUGUCUGGGCUACUGGUUGCGCUGCUGCUCCUGCGCCUCGGGCAUCCCUUGGAAGCUGCCUGCCUAACCAGCUUGUGGGUCCCGGAUGGGAAGCAGCUGGACUUGCAGACCUGUGUGAACGUCAGCGGCAAACAAAUCACCGAGAUCCCUGCGAUUCCCAGUCAGGGGAGCUUGCUGAAGGUGUUGGAUCUGUCCCACAACGGCCUCCGCAGCCUGCCGGGCGGGUUUUUGAAUAACACCCGGAGUCUGGAGCGCCUGUUCCUCCAAGGCAACGGCCUCCGUGAGCUUCCACCUGCGUUCUUUGAGAGCAUGGACCGCCUGAAGGAGCUGAGGCUAGAGGGGAACCCGCAGCUGACCUCUGUUCCUGCCUCCCUGCUCUAUCUCUGCCUGGAGACCCUCACGGUGGACUGUCGGUGCAACACGGCCGGGGACGUCGCCUCCUAUUGCCAGUGGCUGAACUGCACUCGGGAAAUCUCCUGCUACUGUUCCUCCUCUCAAGGCGUCUUCAACCUCACGGACUUCUAUGCCCAGCAGUGCCACGGCUUGUCCGUGGCCGUGUAUGCCGCCAUUGCCGUCUCCGUCCUGGCCGUGCUCCUGGGAGCCGCUGUGGCCUUCGUCCUGAUCCGGAGGAAGAAGGGGGCCACCGCCGUCCAGGAGAAAAGGAAAUCGAUCACGUCCAACGGAGCUCAGCCGCGGUACAUCAGCCACGCCGGGCCCCAAGGUGACCCAAGGCAGAACGUGGGAGCGCAUGCCGAUUAUGAGAACGUCUUCGUUGGCCAGACUCAGAAGGCCGCCGGAGGGCACAAGGAGCGACACAGCAGGAAACAGCCCAAGAGCAGGUCACACCGGAAAGUCCAGAAGGACGAGGCCUCCCCUAAGGAACAACCCAUCUAUGCCAAUACUCAGGAGGUGUACUGUAACUACGCCAAGACCCCAGCUCCUCUGGAUGAAGACCUUUACGUCAUGCCAGACCAGUGACUCCCCACCCACUGCCCCACAACGGUCGCCUGUUAACUUUUAUUGCAUUGUGUGCCUUUGCUUUCGGCUGGAGGGAGCGCAUACCGAGUGCAGUGGUGCCCGUCGCCACCAUGAGACACAGAGCGGCAGCCAGCCUCCUCCACUGCACUCAGUUGCCGCAAGUCAACAUUCACCUCUCCUCUUAAUUUUAUAGCAACGCGCACGGUAUUUCUUUCCUGCCUUCUGCAAGGAAUUUCAUCCCUUUGUUUCAUCAUUUUGGGGAGAGUGGCUAUUUCUUCUAGCUCCCAGACCACCCCCACU